CAGGAGAGCAGGAACCAGAGAUCUCUCUUUGGUACUUUUGUUCGGGACCCUGACACAUGGGGUCAACACGGGCUGAAUGGGUUCAUAGACAAGGGUGCCUCGGACGCGGACGCAGACGCACGCAGACGCCCGCAGACGCCGAUGAGAGCGCGCGUUAAUUAAGAAAACCUGGUCGAGCAAUUAAGCGCAAGGAGAGAAGACGCGCGGAGUGGAGUGAAGAGCUUACGUAGCUCCCUGGUCACCUUGGCACCAUGAGUUGGAGCUUCCUAACUCGUCUGCUGGAUGAGAUCUCCAAUCACUCAACCUUUGUUGGAAAGAUCUGGCUGACAAUGCUCAUCAUCUUCCGCAUCGUGCUGACAGCUGUUGGUGGGGAAACCAUCUACUAUGAUGAACAGAGUAAAUUUGUCUGCAACACACAACAGCCUGGGUGUGAGAAUGUGUGCUACGAUGCAUUUGCACCGCUCUCACAUGUUCGAUUCUGGAUCUUUCAGGUGAUCAUGAUCACCACUCCCACAAUUAUGUACCUGGGCUUCGCCAUGCACAAGAUAGCCCGCAUGGAAGACAGCGAAUACACGUCUGGCCAGAAAAAGAAGAAGAGGAUGCCCAUCGUUAACCGUGGGGCAGUUCGAGACUACGAGGAGGCGGAGGACAAUGGAGAGGAAGACCCGAUGAUCGCCGAAGAGAUUGAACCAGACAAGCCUGAUAAAGCAGAGAAAAGCUCAGAGAGAAAGCAUGAUGGUCGGCGGCGGAUCUUGCGUGACGGCCUGAUGAAAGUUUACGUUUGUCAGCUGCUGUGUCGCUCCGCCUUCGAGAUCGCCUUCCUUUUUGGGCAGUACGUCCUGUAUGGCGUUAAGGUCGAAGAAUCCUACGUCUGCACUCGCUCGCCUUGCCCGCAUAAAGUGGACUGCUUUGUGUCCCGCCCCACAGAGAAGAGCAUCUUCCUGGUGGUGAUGUACGUGGUGUCUUUCCUCUGUCUGCUCCUCACCUUCCUGGAAAUCAUCCAUCUGGGCUUUGGCAGCAUCCGUGACACCUUCCGCAGGCGAGCCACUGUCAAAUCGCGUGCCCCCCCACGAACCUCCUCGCGUGCCAUGCCAACAGCCCCACCAGGAUAUCAUGCCUCCAUGAAGAAAGAGAAGCUGAAAGGACAACUAAGGGAUUCACAGGUAGCUGACUCUGGACGGGAAAGCUUUGGGGAUGAGGUGCCAUCAUGCAGGGAGCUGGAGCGGCUGAGGAGGCACCUGAAACUGGCCCAGCAACACCUCGACUUGGCCUACCAGGCAGAUGAAGGAAGCCCUUCACGAAGCAGCAGCCCAGAAGUCAACACAGCUGCAGAGACGGCUGCUGAGCAGAACCGCCUCAACUUUGCCCAGGAAAAGCAGGGAGAGCUGAAUGAGAAAGAGCUACGUGCCUGAGCAUGCUUCCUGCCUCAGAUGUCUGUCCUUCCAUUCCUACUGGCCCUUAAACACAUGGGGGAAGCACAUAUGGGAAUGCAGUCAGACCACUGAGGAAGACCAAAGCCUGUCUGUGUGUGUCUGUGUGUGGAUGAGAGAAAUGAGCCUUUCAGUAUUAGAUGGUCUAUCCAAAAGACAAAAUUGCUGACAAAGUUGUGUUGUGACAAACGGUUCAUCUCCACGACUAAACUUGAAAACCUUCCACAUCUCAAGUCGUGCCUGCCAAUCUGCUUUCAGACCUUGACUGUGCCUUCAGCUAAAACCUUGCCUACACCCUGUUCUUUUGCUCACUCCAUUUUUGUAGCCAUGCAGUUAUCCUUGCCCAUGCCAGACCUUGGAAGGAUAAGCUUUAGACUCCUCUUGCUCUGUGUUUUUUAUAUAUAUAUAUAUAUAUAUUUUUUUUGUAGUCUUCCUCACAACACAGAGGCUCUCCAUUGUUGAAUGCUGACAAGCAUUAACAUCUUUCUUUAAGGCUUGUUAUGCAGCCUUGGGUUAUGUCUUUUCUGGGGCAUGUGCAGUAAUCCCCCACCCCCCAACACAUACACAAAACAAAUACAGCUUAACCUGUGCUACAAGAGUCAUGUUUAAUUUAAAUAGAUGCAAUAUUAGGGAGUGUUGGUGUUUAUUAGUGAGAUACCACACCGUUUCAGAAACGUUUGACACAUUUUUGAAGCCUGUAUAUUUACUUCAAUCAGCCAAAAAGUUACCUGGGAAAUGCUUGAAUCCUUUGACAGGAAAUGUUCUAAUAAACUUCCAAGAAUCCUUUUUCUUUUUUUUGUGUGUUUGUACAAUCGGUUCAUUUAAAAAUAGUUUAUUUUACUAUUACCUUGUUACUAUGAGUUGACCUAAGCUCUUGAUUAGUUACCUUUUUCUAGAAUGAAGUGUUGGCCUCAUGAAUGCCACCUGUUUGACAUGACUGGUGUGAAGUCAUCACCUGGAUUUGGUAAAUCCUUUUCUCCCCUCAAUUAUGUACUAUAAAAAUGAUUCAGUGUUGGUCACUGCAUGAAUCCAAACUGACAUUUUAUUUGGUUUGUUGCUAACCAGCUGGAAACAUCUGUCUUCUGGGCUGUUGGGCUACAAUGAAACUCCAUCCCUGUCUUAGAAAUUUACAUUCUUCUUUCGUGAGCCGUAUUUUCCACCCUUGACAUUCACCACUACUUCUCCUUUGUGCUGAAACAUGGGUGGUUUUGUGCAUCCAGGGAAGGGAAGAAAAGAAAAGCUGAGGAAAGAAAGAGAGUUGGCUGCUGACACACAAUCUGGUGCCAUGUAACCACACACCUAUUCAUCAUGCGACAUUUGAUCAGUAGAUUUCAGUGUUCAUACACAGUUCAAACAUUUUCAUAACCUGUUGGUUUUAUGAUCUGUUGGUCGAAAAUGAAACUGCAGAUUGCCAAAGAGCUGUUUGAUGCUGUAUUCUUGUAAUCCCCUCAAUUACAGUUUCUACUUAUUGUAAGGUACAACAUUCCAUUUUAAAUAUGGUAUUUCAGUGGUUUAUACUUUUGUAGUUUUUGUAACUGUAGAGAUUAUUUUGUCUUGAGAGAAAUAAAUAUAUUUGAACAAGA